CAUUAGACUGGCAGGACAGGAUAAGUUGUAGCAUAGGAAAAUUCAAAUAAGCUUAAUAUUUUUAUUUUUUUAUUUGUUAUUUUAAUAUUUUACUAUUUUACUUUUCUUUAACUUAUCCUCAAAUAUCUUUAUUAUUCAAUAUAUGUUUACUAAUGUCCGUGCGCUCAUAACACGUUAUUGUGUACGACCUGGUUUGUAGAGGGGAUUGAAGGGGCAUCCCGACUGAUAGCACUGAGUGAACGAUCAAGAUAGUAUAUAAUCUGUACAAACGGUGAGCGGUUAGUGACUCGUGUGUGCCACGUACGACUGUAAUAAAAUGGUCGCUUUACGGUGGGGCAUUAUUAGCGCGGGAAAAAUCUCGCACGAUUUCGUAACGGCUUUACGAUCUUUUCCGGAAGAUGAGCACGAUGUAAUCGCUGUUGCAGCACGAGAUUUGUCGCGUGCACAAGAUUUUGCGAAGCUUCAUGGUAUCAAGAAAACCUACGAUGAUUAUGAGAAACUGGCCAUGGAUAAAGAUAUUGAUAUUGUAUACAUCGGUGCAAUUCACCCUCACCAUUUUAACACCGCAUUGAUUGUGUUGCAUCACAACAAACAUCUUUUGUGCGAGAAACCAUUAACGAUGUACUGGUACCAGACAGCUAAAAUAGUUCAUUUCGCGAGAGGCAAGAAGUUAUUCUUAAUGGAAGGUGUGUGGAGUCGCUUCUUCCCUGUGUACGACGCCAUUAGAAAGGAAAUCGCGUCUGGCAGUCUUGGCGACAUUUAUCAAGUGAUCGUCCCCUUCGGUUUUAAAAUGCCCGACAUAGAUCGGAUAACUAAAAAAGAGUUGGGUGGCGGUACGAUUCUAGACCUCGGCGUUUACUGUCUGCAAUUCGCCUGCUUGGUAUAUGAUAAUGAAGAGCCAGAAAGCAUACAAGCCUCCGGGUGUUUGAAUGAGGACGGCGUCGACAUGUCCAUGUCGGCUACGUUGCUUUACAAAGGAAAUCGCACUGCGACUAUUGCGACGAGCGCAUUGGUAGAUUUACCGAAUGAAGCACGCAUCUGCGGCACCAAAGGUAUGAUAACAGUACCAAAUUUCUGGUGCCCAACGACGGCGAAUUUACCAAGCGGCCCUGUAAACGUGCCGUUGCCAGAAUUGAAGCAAGAGACUAACUAUAUAAAUUCUGCUGGACUUUGUUAUGAAAUUGCUGAAGCUCGCGCUUGUAUUCAGAAAGGUUUAACAGAAAGUUCGAAGAUGACGCUUGACACGUCUAUGUUAUUGGCAAAACUCGAGGAUGAACUUCGCAAACAAUUAGGUGUCAAAUAUUCUAAGUUAAGUUAAGUAACCUUAUGCAUUCACAUAAAUACCUAUUACUAUAUAUUCAAUGUAUAACCGAAAAAUAAUUUUGCAUUUAUGAUAAAUAUCUGUGUUUACUAGUA